GUCUGCAGUUCUGGAAAUGGUCAAAAAAGUACGCAGCAGGUAGUGUUGGGGCCUGGAAAAGGCGAGAUAAGGGGGAAGGAGAGGGAACUUACGAUAAGGAAAGGACUGUUGAAAUGGGUAGCUUAGGGGGAAAAAGGCGGGAAAUGGCCUCUCUCCUCCCCGCCCCCCUUCUCUAUCUCCGGGUUUAGGUUCGCCCAAUUAAUCUUCAACCGAGUCCCAAGACUUUGGGCCUUCCCCCUAGGCCUGGGCCCUCUUUCCGCGGCAGCCCCACCUCCAGGGUACCGAAGCCACCACACUCGUCCUUCCCCGUUCCGGUCCUGGGAAGGAAUGACCUUGGCCCCUCUCUGGUCCUCAUUAGGUGACCGUAACACUCUAUCCGGAGUCGGGGCCGUAGCCCACCCAGCAAUCCUAUAAUUAUGCCUGGACCCUCGCCUCCUCCAACACCACCCCUAAUUAGCUAGUGGCCCGGACUCGAGGGAUCUGAGCUCUCCCAGGCCCCCACCUCCGGCCAUCCCUAGGCCCCGCCCCUGACCCCCAAACCACGCCCCUGUCCCGCCUCUCUUAGGUUUCCCCGCUGCUCGCCUGCUCUCCCCAAGCUUGGAAGAUGGCGGCGGCCGUGGGAAGGUUACUUCGGGCUUCGGUUGCUCGGCAUGUGAGCUCCUUUCCCUUGGGAAUUUCUGCAGCCUUUAGGACUGUUGCUACCAGAAACAAAUUCCCAGCCAACGUAAUACUCACAAGUGCUACCAGUCCAAAAUUGGCCUUCAGCACCAGUACUUCAACUUAUGUGCCUGCUGUCACCCAACAUGCUCCACAUUUUAAGGGUACAGCUGUUGUCAAUGGAGAAUUCAGAGAAAUAAGCCUUGAUGACUUUAAAGGCAAAUAUUUGGUACUUUUCUUCUACCCUCUGGAUUUCACUUUUGUAUGUCCAACAGAAAUCGUUGCUUUUAGUGACAAAGCUAAUGAAUUUCAUGAUGUGAACUGUGAAGUGGUUGCUGUUUCAGUGGAUUCCCAAUUUAGCCAUCUUGCCUGGAUAAAUACACCAAGAAAGAGUGGUGGCUUAGGCCAUAUGAAUAUUGCACUCCUAUCAGAUUUAACCAAACAAAUUUCUCGGGACUAUGGUGUGUUGCUUGAAGGACCUGGCCUUGCAUUAAGAGGUCUCUUCAUAAUUGACCCUAAUGGAGUUAUUAAACACAUGAGUAUCAAUGAUCUCCCUGUGGGCCGAAGUGUAGAAGAAACUCUGCGUUUAGUGAAGGCAUUCCAGUUUGUGGAAGUGCAUGGAGAAGUCUGUCCAGCAAAUUGGACACCAGAUUCACCUACGAUCAAGCCAUCUCCUACUGCUUCCAAAGAAUACUUUGAGAAAGUGAAUAAAUAAGCUAUUCCGUGUAUUGAAGACCUGCAUGACUUUUUAAAUUAUGAAGAAACCACAAAUUGGAAUCUACAAUAACUUACAAGGAAUUUACUGCAUAUAGAAGUGUAGAAUAUAUGCACUUCAUGCUUUUGUCUGGGAAUAUCACCCCCAAAUGCUCAGUUUUCAUACAACUGCCCCCCUAAAAAAAUUAUUUGACCUUAGUGGUUAUUGUUAGUUCAAAGGUUCCUUUAGUAACAAAUCCUUGCGUUUCCUUUAGUUCCCUUCUAUAAAUUGCACUUCCUAUAUAUUUGUCAUCUUCUUUCAAAUAUAGAAGCUCCCUUUGUGAAUUUAUAGACUAAAGAAAUUUUUCAUUGCCUCUAUGCACAAAAACUGGUGUGGCAAACAUUUAAGCAGGAUGCCUUGGGGGUCUUGAGUUACAGGUAAAUAGUUAUAACUGUUUUCCUUUAACUGUCUCUGCAGUUUUUAUUUUUAAUUAAACUAUAGCCUUUUUUUCUCCAUAAAGUGAAUGUCCUGUGAUUAGAGAUAACUUCAGAGGUCUAAUUUGACUCAUGACACAUUUGAAUGUAAGACAAGUAUGAAUUAUAUUUGUUUUGAAAAAUCCAACACUUACAGUGGUAAGUUAUCAUAGUUAAUCAUGGUGGGCAGACCAGAGAUUUUUAAUUCAGAGGUUCAUUUCACCAUUAUUUGAUGUUUAAGUAAACUUUGUCUUGAUACAUUUCAAAUACUAUUUAAUGUAAUUAUAAAGGAUAUCUGUUGGAUCUCCAAGUUGCAUAAUAAUGCAAUUUUGGAAAUGAUUGUUGAACAUUUAUUUUUCUUCCUGAAGAAUAACUCUGUACUCCUUUGAUCAAGAAUAAAGACAUUUUAAAGUA